AUGGCGUCUUGGCCAGAAACACGUGGUAUUACACAAGGUCCCAAUGACUACCGUCAAUCAAAGGAACCUAAUGUAAUACCUGUAUUACGUAGAGAUGUUUUUCCUAAUAAAGCUGUUUAUCUUUACAUUACUUUUAUAGUUUUACUGGGUAUACACAAUAGCGAAAUAGUGCAUUAUUUAGAACAGUCAGAGCUCGAUCUAACUGAUGAAGAAGACCCAGUACCUAUGCCAAUAUUUCAAAAUGAAGAGAAAAUUAGUUCUGGUUCCGGUUCUUCAAACUCAGAAGACGAAACUCGUCCGGGUUCUGAAUAUCUCUGGCCUCAUCAACUACAGCUACCACUGGGUGUCGUGCUAGAACGAGAGAUGAACCUAGGACACUUGGAGGAAGUUCAAGAGGCAGGAGAU